ACGCCACCAAUUUAUCAGUCAAGUCUUUUGGGAUUCUUAUCGCUUGGCCCAUAAAACUGUCUAAUUGAAUGGCAAUCAUGGCUAGGAGAUGAUAAGCUAUGUGAUUCGACGUAUGCAGAAGGAUAUCCCGACCCACAAGUGUGGUAAUGGCCAUGGUCCAAGCCACCGUAGUCAAGAGAAAAAGAUAGCGAGGAUGUGUUCUUGGUACUUUCAACUGAAGUAUGACAUCUACAUGGGCCAUGCAUAUAAGAAUUGCUGUCCCAUGCGGUUUCUUUUUGUUUGUAUUCCGUACCUGACGAUCGGUUCAUUUUAUCAUGAUGGAGAAGUCAGAGAAAGGUAUUUCACCUCAGACGAAUUCGCUCACACCCAGUGAGCAUGAGGGAGAGAUUUGUGUGGUCGAGUGCGAGGAUGAACGUCAUGGAAAUGGCGAAUUGAGGCGCAACUUGUCGAGGAGAUUGAUUCAUAUCAUCUCCCUCGGCUCUCAGAUUGGUAGCGGUCUUUUCAUUGCAACUGGAAAAGCAUUGAGAAGUGGUGGUCCUGGCAGUUUGGUGUUGGGUUACGGCAUGGUUUGCACGUGUGUCUGGGCUGCACUCCAAACUCUUUCUGAAAUGACUAUCGCAUUCCCGGUUUCUGGAAACUUCAUCGACUAUGCUGAUCGAUUUGUUGACCCCGCUUUGGCAUUUGGCGCCGGAUUCGCUGAAUGGCUUGGCUGGACUGCUGUUGUUGCUUCAGAAGCGACUUUCUUCUCUGUCAUCAUUAAUUACUGGGCUGAUGACAAAGUCCACGAAGCUGUGUGGUUGUCAAUCUUUUUAGUCUUCUGUGGUUGCAUCUUUCUACUAUCCAAUAAGUGGUGGGGCUACUUCGAAUAUUUUGCAUCAGUACUCAAGAUUCUCGCAUUGAUCAUCUUCAUCUUGGCUGGCUUUGCAAUGAUUAUGGGAGCUGGCCCAACUGGCCAGAGGCAUACUGGAGAAACUUGGCGAGAUUACCCCGUCUUUUUGAACGGAUUUAAGGGAUUUGCAAACAGUGCUUUGCUUGGUAUUUGGGCUAUGGGAGAUCAAAUCUUCACCGGAAUCAUGGGAGGAGAAGCUCAAUCCCCGCGAUACUCCAUGGCACAUGCUACGAAACUGGUCCCAAUCCGAGUCUCAGUCACAUUCAUGCUCUCCAUUGUGUUCAUCUCAAUCCUCGUCCCUGAGACCGAUCCUCGAUUAUUUGGAGGGUCUGACACUGCUGCUUCACCAUUUGUGAUCGCAUUGGACCACGCUGGCAUCAAGGGCUUACCUGAUUUUCUCAAUGUUGUUAUUAUGAUUGGUAUAGUCGCCAUCGCCGUCGAGUCAAUCUACAUCUCGUCUCGAAUCUUGAGAGCCAUGUCUGCACAGGGCCUUAUCCCGAAGUUCAUCUCAAGGGUUGACUCCACUGGACGACCGAGAUGGGCUGUUGCUAUUACGGGUACGGUUGCUGUAAUUCUCACCUAUAUGAAUCUGAGUGCAACUGGAACUACAGUCUUUACUUGGCUUGUUUCGAUCACUUCAUCUUCCUUCUUCAUCGUAUGGUUCGUGAUCUGCAUCACAUCUUGGCGCUUUCGAGCUGCUCUCAAAGCACAGAAUGACCAGCUCUUCACUGAAGUCUAUGCCUACAGGACUUGGUGCUGGCCUCUUCCUCCUAUCUGGUUGUUCUCCGGCAGUACUGUUCUGUUAGUGUCUUGUAUCUACAUCGGACUAUAUCCUAUUGGUGUCGACACUCCAUCCGUAUAUUACUUCUUUGAGUACAUGAUUGGUGUGGUGAUUGUUCUCUCAUUCACCAUUGCGUACAAGAUCAUUUACAAAACCAAGAUCCGCGAUCCCAAGACAGCGGAUCUCAAGAGUGGCAGGAGAACACUAGGUAAAGAGGAGAUUGAUAUGUUGAAUGAGUACUACAGUCGAUCAGUAAUUCGACGAUUCUGGACUUAUGUCCAAUUGUGGUAGAUGUCAGAUAUUUAGACUAGACACUGUACUAUACCAAGCCGAUUCCAUAGAGUAUAGAUCGUAAGCCCUGCCUUAAGCUUUGGCUAGCUACC